AUGGCAGAAUAAAUUCGCUAUUCCCUGAGCGGAGAUAACGCAGUGAUCGGGCAAGGAUCCAACUUGUCUUUGGUCCAACAGGCUCACUGACAUGUCGCACAUGUGAGGAACCGGACAAGACAAAGCGGUUCCAGAUGUGGAGAAAUACUGACCGUAACAGAGAUGGCCACCCAUGUUCCUGUUUCAUCCAAUAAUCAAGAACUGAACCAGGAAAAUCCGCGUACGGAGAGCGACCUCAACGGGUUCAUCGAGAACAGUCCCAUUUACGUUACCUCAUACCCUCCGACGGGAGCAGCCGCUGCUCAAAAGGGUAAACCUCGAGGACUCUCCAACGGGCACGCAGUUCAGGAAGAGCCGGAGACGAAGGAAUUGGAGCUCAAGCAGCAGAUACAGCAGGAGGAAGUUUCGAAACCGGUAGCUCCUGCUCCAGAACAACCGAAAGAAACACCACAGCAUCAAGCAGCACAGCCACAGCCGCAGCAACAAGAACCACCACAGGCUGCGGCGCAGCCUCCAGAAGGCGAAAGGAGAGUCAGUUCUCCCUUUGGGAGGAGGGAAGUGCUCAUUGGUCAGGACCAUGCACCGCAGGAGAAGGUGAAGACACAGGCACUCAUAGAGCAAAAGCAGGAUUGUGUUACAAGGUAA